UGUCGGGGUGUUGUGAAUUCGUGUAGCACAGAAAUCUGGAGUGGGAGUUGUCGGGCCGAUCUGCUUUUAUCGAUCCGCACCGAUUGACAGCCCAGCAGCCACAGCCAUGCCGGGGAUAGAGAAGCUGCCGCUGGAGGAGACGCUGGAGGACAGCCCGCAGACGCGCAGUUUGCUGGGAGUGUUUGAGGAAGACACUGCAGCCAUCUCCAACUACUGCUCACAGCUGUAUGAGGCCAUGCAAAGGAUUUACGAUGCACAGAAUGAGCUGAGUGCUGCGACACACCUGACCUCCAGGCUGCUGAAAGAGUACGACAAGCAGCGUUUUCCUCUAGGGGGCGACGAUGAGGUGAUGAGCUCGACCCUGCAGCAGUUCGCUAAAGUCAUUGAUGAGCUCAGCUCCUGUCAUGCCGUCUUGUCCACCCAGCUUGCUGACGCCAUGAUGUUUCCCAUCACUCAGUUUAAAGAGAGAGACCUGAAGGAGAUCCUGACCUUGAAAGAAGUCUUCCAGAUAGCUAGUGAUGAUCAUGACACCGCCAUCAACAGAUACAGUCGCCUGUCCAAGAGGAGGGACAACGACAAGGUGCGGGCGGAGGUGGUGGAGGACGUUUAUACCUCACGCAAGAAGCAGCACCAGACCAUGAUGCACUACUUCUGCUCCCUGAACAUGCUGCAGUACAAGAAGAAGACGGCUCUGCUGGAGCCGCUGCUCGGCUACAUGCAGGCGCAGAUCAGUUUCUUCAAGCUGGGCUCAGAAAACCUCACGCAGCAGUGGGAGGAUUUCCUGGGGACGAUAGGAACCAGCGUCCAGAAUGUGCGGCGGGAGAUGGAGGAAGAGGUGGGGCAGAUGCAGCAGACCAUCCACGAGAUGGAACGGUCAUGUGACCCCCUGUACGUGCCAUGUGACCCUGACCCCGCCCACUCACCUGUUUGUCGCAGCCUGACCAGGAGGCAGGGAUACCUGUACAUCCGCAAUAAGACGGGCCUGGUGUCGUCGUCCUGGGAGCGCCAGUACUUCUUCACGCAGGGAGGAAACCUGAUGCAGCAAGGCCGCGGCGAGGUGGCGGGGGGGCUGGUCACGGACCUGGACAACUGCUCCGUCAUGGCCGUCGAUAGUGACGACCGCCGCUUCUGCUUCCAGGUCACUUCCUUCGAUGGGAAAAAAGUCGUGACCCUGCAGGCGGAGAGCAGGAAGGAAUGCGAGGAGUGGAUUGCCACCAUCAACAACAUUUCCAAGAGGAUCUACCUCAGCGAGAACGCAGAGGAGCUGGCAGCUAGAGUGAACCAAACCGCCCUGGAGGCAGUAACGCCAUCACCGUCCUUCCAGCAGAGACACGAGAGCAUGAGGCCCAGCAGUAAAGGAAGAACAGCCAGAGCGAGCAGCAUCAGCUCGGUGGGGUCCGAGCCGUCGCCCGCUCUAUCCGUGCUCUCCCUGGAUGCUCUGGUUGCCCCGGAAACGCCCAUCCAGUUUGACAUCAUUUCCCCCGUCAGCGAGGAGAACUCGGCACAGAGCAAAAGCGCCGCACAGUCCGGCAGGCGGAGUAAUCCGUUCGGAGAGUCCGGAGACAACACCCCAGAAGACAGUGAAGACUCGAUCCUCCACCAACUGUUCAUCGCUCGCUUCCUGGGCUCCAUGGAGGUGAAGACGGCCGAGUCGACGGACAUCAUCUCCGAGACCAUGAGGCAGAUCCUGGCGGCCAGAGCCAUCCACAACAUCUUCAGGAUGACGGAGUCCCACCUGCUGGUCACCUGCGACUGCCUCAAGCUCAUCGAUCCUCAGACGCAGGUCACUCGACUCAGGUUCCCGCUGUCCAGCGUGGUCCAGUGCUCGUCCCACCAGGACAACAAGAGGCUGUUUGGUUUCGUUCUGCAGGCGGCGGCGGCGGGCGGGCGGGGCGACAGCCGCGCCGUCUGCUACAUCUUUGAGUCCAACAAUGAUGGAGAGAAGAUCUGUGACAGCAUCGGCCUGGCCAAGCAGAUCGCCUUCCACUCGGAAAUGGACCGCAAAGCGGCAGAGAAGAGGAAGGAGCAGGACAAGGCCAAGGAGAAGCAGCAGGAGGAGCUGAGCAAGCAGAGACAGAUAGAAAAAGACCUGGAGGAACAGAGCCGCCUGAUCGCCGCCUCCAGCCGUCCGGCCAACGCGCCCGCCGCCGCCCCCGACGGACAGUUCCUGGUGCUCAGCAGCAGCCAAUCAGAGGACAGCGAUGCCGGGGAGGAAGGGAAGAAGAGGGGUGAGUCGGAAGCCUAGCGGCAGGCGGAGGACGCAUGUUUUUGGCUCCCAGGAGACUUCCAGCUGGUUUGAGACGGCAGCUCAGGAACGAGAGGAACCCGGGUUACCUGGGAAUGAAAAACGUGCGUUUGCUCUCCGCUGGACUCCGACGUUUGAGCUGGAGCUUGUGGCUCCCUCGCUGUAGGAGGAGGCAAGGAAACGUCUGGCUGCUUUUACGCCUGCUCAACUUUAGGGAGGAAAAAAAAAAAAGACUUAACUACCAAUUUACCUGCAAGCUUCUGUUUUUUUAUGUUUGUUUUUUUAAGAAGAGCUAAUAUUCAACAACAAACGUGGAAUAAUGAAGCAGGAUCUGAAGGGAGGGACCGUGCCGGCUCCUGCUCCGACCACAAGGAGGCCCUAAAGUCAGAGAUGUUCUGGAGCAAAAAGAGAAGAAGACCGACCGAGCAGCUCGUCUUAUUUUGAAGUUUGUCCUGAAGCUGGUUUCUGAUUCCCAUCAGAAUUGACCCUCCGGGAUCAGGGGCAUCAGUCAAAACAUAAAAAAUUAUCUUUUAAGUAGAAAUGAUGAAUAUGCAACAGUUCCAGACACUAUAACCUGCUUAUUCAGCCGACCGCCACCUUUUACUUUAAAAAAACAACAUAAUAUCUGUCCGUCGGUCUGUGCAAACAUUACUGAGAAGAAGUGAAACUUGUGGCCGGGUUGAAAGUUGAGAAGAGGAAGUCUCGACUCGAAUCUGAUCAUUUGCAGGUCACAAGAUUUUCUGCUUUUUUUUUUUUUUUCUGCUUAACUGCCGUUUCAGCAGCAUUUCGGGGAGAAACCCGGCUUUUCUGAUGCGUUUCCCAGUGAAUGUUGUGUUCCUGGUCGCUGGUUAGCCCCGCCACCUGAAAGCAACUUCACAUCUUUGUCCUUUCAGCUACUUCUGAACUUCCUCUGAGCUUUAAAAACCUAAAACGACGGCACUGCUUUAGAGGCGGUGAAUGCGUCUGCGUGAUGUACUGACAUGUUUCUCCCUCGAGCAACAAACCUCAACCACCAGUUUACAGAACAUCGCACGUUGAUUGUGUUAUUGGGAAAAAUAAAUCUAAACAGGAAGUUGAGAAAAUCCGCAGAUCUCAUGUUUUACGGCGUCAAAAGACAUUCCAGACAGAGGGGGAAGGAAAGUCGUAGAUGACCCUCCCGGUUCAGCAACAUUUUUCAUUUUCACGCAGGUGAAACACUCACAGGCAGGAAAAGUCCUUCUUUACAGUGAAAUGUUAGUUUUAAUUUCAUAUUUGAGUACUUUUGAAGUGUCUUCUAACUCUCGUGCCCCCCCCAUCCCUACUGUCAGUCAAAUCCACCUGAACUAAGUUCUCAGACGAAUCAACACACUGAUCAUGACUGAAAUCAGUGAUUAAAAAAGAUUGGAGGGAAGAAAAAAGUGUUUGAGAGCACUUUUCAGAUCGUCUGUUUUUUAGUCUGAAUCUCUUCAUUCAUGUCUCGUAACUUUAAAAAAAAAAAGAAGAAGAAGAAGAAAUUGAUCGAUAACCUUUCCUAAAAAUUAUAUACUGUAUGUACUUUGUACGUAACAGAAACACUUGAUGAAGCGUCCGGUAUUUUGAAUCUUUGUAAAAUUUUAAGAAAAAUGAUUCACUACGUACUGGAAAAGGGAUACUAAAGAUAUCAAAACACAAACAAUUAUUUAAAAGUACUCACAGAAUAUUUCUAAUUGAACCUGACUUGCAGUUUUCCAGUUUUCCCUGAACGCAUCACAUGAAAAUAAAAUAAAAUCGAGAUCCCUGAAAUAAACCCGCCAAAAUUAAAAAUGGUUCACUGAACUGAAGUUGAGCUGGGAAAGAGAAGUCGUGAUUAAGAAGUUAUAAAACAUUAAUUUCAGUCACUUCUGACCAAUUUGCACUUUGGACGCAGUUAACAAACAUAUCACAGGAGGUUACUGGGUCUGUACUCCCUGAAGGUUUAUCUCUGCAGAAAAACAUAAUUUACCGUUUUAAAUACAACCUAAUAAAGAGUGAACCAAAACUCAAACAGCACAAACUUCUCGUGCACUUGGUUUUUAAUAAUAUUUUUUAUCAAAACCACAUCAGACACGUGACUGCGAGUGGUUGACAAGAUUCAUUUGUUCUAGUUUAUUUGAGGGAAGUCCGAGUUAGAUUUUUUUUUUUUUCUGUUGUGAAAGAAACAAGACCUGAAACUGCGCCAAUAUUUGUUAUUUUGACUCAAACCGGAUUCAAUCCUGCACCUCUGAAGUUCAGCAACGAUGAAAGUGCUCUUAAUUUGAAAUUCACGCCUUCAGCAACGUACCUGUGCCAACGGUUUUACCUGGAGCUAAACGGAAAUGACUUCUGCUUGUCUUUUUACUUUCCUUUUUUUAUAUAAACAUAUAGGUUACCUUCUUGUACAUUGUUUUAUUAGGUAUAGAAACUAAAAGAGGGAUUUUUCUGUUAAGACACUUUAAAUGGCUCACGUGGAUUAUUAUUAUUUUUUUUUUAUUUAAUUUUGUCUAAUAUUACAGACACUGGGGGGAAAACACUGUUCUAUUUGUUUCUUUACAAACAUAUUCUCCCACUACCUGAUAAACGUGUUACUGAGAAUAAAAACUGUCCCCCUGAACUCUGUUCCGGCGUUUAUCCGCUCCGUUAUGGAUCAUUACACGAAGGAAGCUCAUUAUUGAUGAUCACGUUCCGUUAAAUUGCUUCCCCUGCAGGUUUUUCAACCAGAUGAAGGUCCGGAGACGCUUCAUGCUCUUUUUAUUUUAUUAUUAUUUUGGGUCUGUUUUGAUUGAGAGGCAUAAGAGCACAAACUUUUCUUACGUCAUCUCACGUAUUUAUUUUGUUGUUUUGCAGAAGGUCUUAUCAAAAGAACAGGUUGUUUUUCUCUGUUCUUUUUAAAGAAAUUAAUGUUUGAAAUUUCUCUGACAGACUUAGAAAAACUUGUCAUUUAAAACCAGUUUUUGCCUCAUAAAUGUUUGUGUUUCUGCUGAAAGGGGUCCAUGUUUGGGGUCUUUCAUUAAUUUCUUUCCAGACGGUGAUUAUUUUUUUAAUAUAUAAAUGAUUAUUGUUAAAUGUGGAUAACUUCCAGUCAGACUUCAACACAUCUGGACAGCAUGUCUUCAUUUGCCAGGGAUUAAAUUAAAAGUAGCAGAGAUGUUUUUAAAGGCCUAAAUUGAGAGUUACUGGUGGAAAUGUUUAUUUUUUUCUGUUUAUUUGUUUUUUUUUCCUGUUUUCUUACUGUAAUUGGGUGGUUUUUAAGAAAGAAAAAAAAAACCCAGCUCUGGAUGGAUGUGCACUUUACUGAUGGAAAACACAAACGGAUUGAGGAUUUUGAGCUGUAAAUAUGUUCCAGUGGUUGUUUCGGUGUCUUGAUCAGUAAAAGGGGUUUCAGUGAUUAAAUAAAGUACUAACUCAACCAGCUCGAGUCCCAGCUCUGAU